UAUGGGAGGCACAAUUCCACCUGCUCCAGCCAACGCCUCCACGGAGGAGGCAAGUAAGGGCAAAGCAGGGGAACACCCAGAGGAGCCCGUUAAAACACCUGAACCAGAAAGUGAAGAGAGCGACUUAGAAAUUGAUAAUGAGGGAGUGAUUGAACCGGACAACGAUGACCCUCAAGAAAUGGGAGAUGAAAAUGUGGAGGUAACUGAAGAGAUGGCGGAUCAAGCUAAUGAAAAGAAGAUGGAAGCAAUAAAUGCUCUUGGUGAAGGGGACCUUCAGAAGGCUGUUGACUUAUUCACAGAGGCUAUCAAGCUGAAUCCUUGUUUGGCCAUCUUGUAUGCCAAGAGGGCAAGUGUUUUUGUGAAACUACAGAAGCCAAAUGCUGCCAUUAGAGAUUGUGACAGAGCCAUCAAGAUUAAUCCUGACUCGGCACAGACCUAUAAAUGGAGGGGGAAAGCACAUAGACUUCUUGGUCACUGGGAGGAGGCUGCUCAUGAUCUUGCAUUAGCUUGUAAACUGGAUUAUGAUGAGGAUGCAAGUGCCAUGCUGAAGGAGGUUCAGCCAAGGGCUCAGAAAAUUGCAGAGCAUCGACGGAAGUAUGAGCGGAAGCGUGAAGAAAAGGAAAUCAAGGAAAGAUUGGAAAGAGUGAAGAAGGCACGGGAGGAGCAUGAGAAAGCACAAAGGGAGGAAGAAGCAAGACGACAGGCAGGAGGAGCUCAGUUUGGUGGCUUCCCAGGUGGCUUCCCAGGUGGCUUUCCUGGGGCUGCAGGCAUGCCAGGAAUGGCAGGUGUGCCAGGUCUCAAUGAGAUCCUCAGUGACCCAGAGGUUCUUGCAGCCAUGCAGGAUCCAGAAGUUAUGGUUGCAUUCCAAGAUGUUGCCCAGAAUCCAGCAAAUAUGUCCAAGUACCAGAGCAAUCCCAAGGUCAUGAAUCUCAUCAGUAAAUUGUCUGCCAAAUUUGGCAGUAAACCAUAAAAUCCCUGGUUCUUAAAAAUCAUACCUGAAUGGCAAGGAUUGGAUUUGGCUAACCAGUGUUGCAAUAAAAUAAACCAUUUUACCUCUGAUCUUCUUCAGAAGAGAAAUGGGGUGUUCUAAGGAGAACUGCUCUCUAGCCCCAGGUAUUGACUUUAUUCAAUUACUGGUUUCUAGAACUCAAAUUAUAUUCAGAUGACCUAGUUUUCAACCAUCCCUUCUUGUCCAACAGUUGCAACCUUUCAUUGUAAGUGUUACAGACAGUUUUCUCUGAAUUAACGUUCUUAGAACAAAUUGUAGUAUUCCAGGAGUAUAAGAUAAAAACAUGCUAUUUUCUUUUUUCUUUAUUGCUUUCACUGAGCAAAGGGGAAAGAACUUGAACGACUGAAAUCUGUCUUAAUCCCCUUAGGACAGAAAAAUAGACAGAAAAAUCCCCCCUUUGCAGGUGGGACAAGUCUGAAGAAUUAACUGGAUAAAGGAAUUGUCCACAAAUAGAACUGUUUUUUUAAUGGGUGAUAGGCUUUUUGAAGCUAUUAUCAGUAUAAUCAGGCUAGCUAGUUACACACUGGAACUUCUGGCAGUACUGCAAAUACUAUAUCAUUUUGAUCACCACAACUGUGCAGCAAAGGUACAAUUCUACCCUUUGCACAACCUGGCAUGAAGUACAUAUUGCUGAGGCCAUAGAUGUUUUGUUACUUGUUUGGUUCUUGUCCAGCACCUUUAGGUAACAUUUUAUUUAUCAGUCUGGAUAUGGGAGAGCAGCUUCCUGUCUGUGCUUGUACUCUUGUCCUUUCUCAGCUGGCAGGCCCUCUGCUGGCUGCACUCACCCUUCUUUGGGGCCAUGCUUACCAGGUUGCAUCUAUUUGGAAACUUUAGGGAAGGAAUCUUGUUCCCAUCACUACCUCUAUCCCACUGAAUGCAAGCCAUCCAGAACAUGUACAUGCAGAGUUACACAUUGGUGUAGGGGAGAGCACCCAACAAAAUUGCAGCUCUGGGUUCUGAGUCCUUUUGGGUUCUUACAUGCUCACUGAUUAAAAUUUCUUGGUCAAAGUCCUGCUGUCUCUGUAGAGGUGAUGACUUGUUCUUCACCACAUUCUGUAGUCUUCCAUCUUCUCUUGUAGCCUCUUGUUUAAGAAAAAAACUGUGUUGUUGUGGUUUCAUACCUCCAUGGUUUUGAGGCUUGUGAUACAGAGGAAAAGGUGAAGCAAUUGGAACAGACAGAACAUUCUUCUGACACGUGCAUUUAUCAGCACGGGUAUCUUUGAUGCAGUGUCUGUCCUGAUGAUGUUCAGUGGAUUUGGCUACCAAUAAAGACAGUUUUGCUUCUGUUUGUCUUGGCUAAAACAUCUUUAUGUGGAAAAAAUGACCAUAGUUACCUGUUCACCCCUUGAAUUUCAAGGUUUGUGUUACUCUUUUGUAAUUCUGUAUCUUGAGCCAUAACUGAUGUUACCAUUUUUAAACAAAUCUGGUUUGAUGUAGGAACUCUACAGCAGUUGCAAAAAAGUAAAUCCCCAAAUGCUUUUUCUCCUACUAAUGACCCUGCACAAUGAAAUGUGAAUCUUUUUGCUUAAGAAAUACAGUUCUGAAUACUUCUCUUAGCCUUUAAAAAUAAAGUAUGGUUUUGAAAAACACAGCUUUUUGGGUUUGUGUAACUUUCUGAUAAAAACCAUUUUGCUUAAAUUAAAUGUGGUAGUGCUUUAUUCAAACUGUAUGUAUAACUUGUGUUUUAAAUUUGAACAAAAUGCCUACGGGCUCAUCUUCAUGACCAAAUGAACUCAAAAUACAAUUGUGUGUUGCUGUGUGCAUGGCUUUUGGUCAUAAUCUUCAUCUCCCAUUCCCAAGAAGAGAUAUUUGAAGUAGGUCACCCCUCAAUAUAGGCUAAAUCUCGACUUCUGCAUUCAGGUAGUGCAUGUGUUGGGCACAAAUUAGAGUAUCUUGAAUAGAGGUUUAUUCCCUACAGUUUCCUGUUAUUCCAACUUGGCUGUUUGUAUCUGUCUUCCCAUGAGUAGUCAAAAGUAGUCUCCUACCUAAUAGAAAUGGUCAUAUCUGUGUCCUGCCUGCUUGCUUACACAUCAGUUGCCCUUACUGAGAGUUGACUGAUUCUAUAAAAGCAUUCUCUCUUUUUGAUGUUGGCUUUAGCAGUUCAGCUGAGUUCUUGUUCCUUGAGAAUACACAUUCUGUGACUCCUUUUGUGUGUGAGCUUUUUUGCUUUUAG